ACGUUUCCACGGUUUCACAGCAGUUGUAGAAGUACGUAGUCGUAGCCAGUUGUGUACAGUUUUGUGUGCUCGAACGGAAAUUUUGCAGAGAAGAUUCAGAUCUUUUCAGUUCGUUCACAUCGUACAUUUUGAUCUCAUUGGGUUUCUACUGACUUUUCUCUUUUCGGAAUUAUUUCAACGAACUUUUUUUUUCGUUUAUUUUUUUUCAACUGAAAACAAUUUAGUUGUGGUUUUGUAGCGCUCCAAAAAUACUGUUUACAAAUAAAGUAGCUUAGAUUCAUUCAAAGUGUUGAAGUUCGAUUGACGCUUCACUCAAGUUCAAGAGUAGUUCGUUUCUGAAAAUAAAUUGCGAAAAAAAAACAGAAAGUUGUGCCAAUGUAAAUAUUUGAAAUCGAAUUGACGGCGCGAAUUGCAUGGAACUCAGGAACAAAAUGUAUAAUUUGAAAGUGUUGUGGGUGAUUGCACUAUUCAACUGGAAUGUGCUUGGAACGAAUGUGAACCGAAGAGAGAAACCGAAAACCGAAGGUCGUCAGUUGCAAAGUUUCUUUCCGCAACAAGAAUCUGCAAGUCCAAAUUUCCAACCAUCGCCAUCGGACGUCUACUUCAUUGAUGGUAGUAAUCAGGUGCAAGACUCAAGACCGAAGCAACAACAGCAGGAACAACAAACAUACAAGCCCAAUCCGAAAUUUUCGCCAAAUUUGCAAAAUGACUUGUACACUUCGCAAUAUGGAGCUCAACAGCAGCAACAAUUAUUGCAGCAGCAGCAGCAGCAGCAGGAACAGCAGCAACAACAACAAUAUCAGCAACAGUUACAAUUGCAACAGCAGCAUUAUCAGUAUGCCCAACAAUCCCAGUCGCAGCCAGAAAGACCAUUUUACCCGACACCAGACGGUAAUGAAGUAAAUUUUGGCGAACAGCAAUACAGCCCGCAGUCGCAGCAAUACGUUGAUAACAGCAAUUUCAUUUACACUGAACCGCCGCAAUAUCAAUCCCAAUCGCCAUAUGAUCAGGGAUACUCACAGAUUGUAACAGGAAAUUAUGCGGUGGGAAAUCGGCCACAAGUGAGCAUUCUGCCGCAACAAAGGCCAAGUUUUUCGUUGUACAACCCAAAUCAACAGCAUCAAUACGGUGGCAGUUCUAGACCGGUUUAUCAAUCACAGCAAAAUUACAAUUUGCGACCACCGCAAAGCGGUCAAUAUGGUGGUGGAAAUGAAGGCGGCAUUGCGGAAUCAAUUUCCAACUUCUUCACAAACAUUGGUCAAGGAGCUUCAGAAUUAUUUUCAGGUCGACCGCCAGUAAACCAAUAUCAGCCACCUCCAAGUGUAAGCGCUGGCCUAGCAAACAGACCACCGCAUCCGUACAAUCAACAACAAUAUGAAACAGGAGGUCCACAGUUUGGAUCGGGAGGCCCACAAUUUGGACAGGGAAGCCCACAAUUUGGAUCGGGCAAUGGUGGAUCACCAUUUGGAGGAGGUGGCCCAACCAAUCCAUUGAAUCAAUUCUCAAAGGCAAUUGAGGAAAUUACUCGAAAUGACGACUAUCAAUGCAUACCGAAAGUGAUUUGCCAAAUGGUCGGAAGCCAACGGAGGCAACCGUCCAUUUUGAGCUCACCGAUUUUCACAGCAAUAAUAUCGGCUGUGCCUUCGAACUCAGCAGGAUUGGUUUAUGGUCGUGCCGCAUUGCUUGGAUUGAUUUCCGGUGAACAUAAUUGUCACACAGCGUAUCCAAGAUGCCCUCGAAACGAAGACGAAUUGCUCCAUUACUUGAACAACCAUCGUGGUGGAUUUUUCCGUUUCUUCAACGGCGGAGCAGCCUUUGGUGAUGAACAAAACAAUCAAUACAAUCCAAAUCAAUAUCAAAGUCCGGCUGCUUCAAAUCAAUACUAUCAUCAAACCCAUCAAAAUCAACCUCAACCUCAAGGCCAACCCUCGGACGAUGGUUCGGUACAAUCAAAUCUUGCUGCUCUUCAGAAUAUUGCCGAAGCCAUCAACAGUGGUGGCGGAAUCAAUUUGAGUAACCUAGGAGCGAAUGCAAAUCUAUUCAGUGGCUUGGCUGGCCUAUUAAAUGGAGGUGGGUCAGGUUCGAGCUCAGGAGGUGGCUCCGGCUUUGAUUUAAGUUCAUUGGGCACAAAUGCUGGUUUGUUAAGUAAUUUUGCCACUUUAGUCAGUGGCACAAAUCAAGCAACAAAACCGUCGAAAGCACCGCCCGAUGAUCAAGGUCAAAGUUUAACCGAAUUGGUUGGCAAUUUGCUCACCGGUUUCGUUGGCCAACGUUUUGCCGGACGUAAAAUCAAUAAAAGAAGCAUUCAAGUUGAAUAUGAUGACGGUCAAAAUUCGACGGAGAUCGAUGAUUUCCAUGGUUAUGAUAGGAAAUUACCGAAGAAAGUGAGUGCGUUCAAACUGAAAUUGGCUGCUUCAAGAGAGAAAUUGAAAUUUCCAGAAGAGACAUUUCCGCAAGAUAAACUAAAAUUCUCUGAAGAGUAUGAGGAUGACACCCAGAUUGAAAGCGAUGAUGACGCUGAACAAGAAGAUGGUGUCGAAGGCAGAAUAUUAAACAAAAAACCGAACAUUUAUUCAGACGACGACGAUCGAUAUGAACAAAAGUUUGUGUUCAAUUCGAAUCGUGGCCAAAAAAAUGUUCCAUUUAUGGACAGAAUCAUUGGACCGACUCCAGUGAAGAAUUUCGUAAGCAAUUUACAGGUGCAUUUUGGUGAUAAUACCAAAAAUGAUGAAUUUCGAAUUGCAUCAAACCAUCGAUCACCCAAAUUGGUCAAAUUUCAAGGCAACGCUGAACAAACUGACGAAAAUCGAUAUCAACAACAAACGGGUCAAGGAUCAGUGAGGUUUGACAACCAUCAAUCGGGACAAAACUCAUUCAGAUUCGAUCAUCAUCAAACGGGUCAAGAGCCCGUAAGAUUUAAUGACGACUACGACGCUGCUACACAUCGACCAUCGAAGAUGAUAUUCCCCGAUCGAACCGGAACGGGUAAUUUACGAUUCGAUCGCGAUGAAUAUGUCAACAAAUAUUCGAAUCGAUAUGGCAAAAUUCUUAACUAUGGAAACAAUCGUCCACAAAACAGCAACAACGAAAAUCGUGUAACAUUUGGUCAAACUGAUCGCUAUACCGCUGACACACAACAAAAUUAUCGUCCAUCAUUUAGCAAUAAUUAUCAUCAAAACUCUAAUUAUUAUCAACAAAAUCCGAGCUCAAAUUAUCAAAACAAUCAAAAUUACCCGUCAUACAAUCGAUACACCAGUUCGAGUCUAAAUAGGCAGAGUGACGAUAAUUCUAGUCAGAAUGUUUAUGUAACAAAUGGAGAGGGUAAAACUGUGUAUUACAUCAAUGCAGCUGGCAAAAAGGUUUAUGUGUAAAUCGAUAAAAAUGGGGUUCUCCCGUCCGUAGAAUAAAAGCGAAAAUUGUGAUUAUUUGUUUCCUAGUUUGUAACCGUAUAUACAUUUCCAUAUCGAUUUCACUCAUUUUCACAUAUUUGUAAUUUUA